GUGUGUGUUCCAGAGCCCAAGUCGGGAGUCUCGCAGGCAGCAGGGGUUAGCACGAGCCUGAGCCUACCUGAGCAUGAGGACAGGGUCCGGCACUCCCCGCGCCAGGGCCGAGGUCAUGGCCUGCCUCCACGAGACCCGCACGCCCUCCCCUUCCUUUGGGGGUUUCGUGUCCACCCUAAGUGAGGCGUCCAUGCGCAAGCUGGACCCAGACACUUCCGACUGCACCCCCGAGAAGGACCUGACACCCACCCAGUGUGUACUGCGAGAUGUCGUGCCCCUUGGGGGGCAGGGCGGGGGUGGGCCCAGCCCCUCCCCAGGCGGAGAGCCGCCCCCUGAGCCUUUCGCCAACAGUGUCCUGCAGCUACAUGAGCAGGAUGCAGGGGGCCCAGGGGGAGCUGCUGGGUCCCCUGAGAGUCGGGCGUCCCGAGUGCGAGCGGAUGAGGUGCGGCUGCAGUGCCACAGCGGCAGCGGCUUCCUGGAGGGCCUCUUUGGCUGCCUGCGUCCUGUCUGGACCAUGAUCGGCAAAGCUUACUCCACGGAGCACAAGCAGCAGCAGGAAGACCUUUGGGAGGUCCCCUUUGAGGAAAUCCGGGACCUGCAGUGGGUGGGCUCUGGGGCCCAGGGAGCUGUCUUCCUGGGACGCUUCCACGGGGAGGAGGUAGCCGUGAAGAAGGUCCGGGACCUGAAGGAGACUGACAUCAAGCACCUGCGAAAGCUGAAGCACCCCAAUAUCAUCACCUUCAAGGGCGUGUGCACCCAGGCUCCCUGCUACUGCAUCCUCAUGGAGUUCUGCGCCCAGGGCCAGCUGUAUGAGGUGCUGCGGGCUGGCCGGCCCGUCACGCCCUCCCUGCUGGUGGACUGGUCCAUGGGCAUCGCUGGUGGCAUGAACUACCUGCAUCUGCACAAGAUCAUCCAUAGAGACCUCAAGUCCCCCAACAUGCUAAUCACGUACGAUGAUGUGGUGAAGAUCUCCGAUUUUGGCACUUCCAAGGAGCUGAGUGACAAGAGCACCAAGAUGUCCUUUGCAGGGACAGUAGCCUGGAUGGCCCCUGAAGUGAUCCGCAACGAGCCUGUGUCUGAGAAGGUGGACAUCUGGUCCUUUGGUGUGGUGCUGUGGGAGCUGCUGACCGGUGAGAUCCCCUACAAAGAUGUGGACUCUUCAGCCAUCAUCUGGGGUGUGGGGAGCAACAGUCUCCAUCUACCUGUGCCCUCCAGCUGCCCAGACGGCUUCAAAAUCCUGCUCCGCCAGUGUUGGAACAGCAAACCCCGAAAUCGCCCGUCGUUUCGACAGAUCCUGCUGCACCUGGAUAUCGCCUCAGCGGACGUGCUCUCCACACCCCAGGAGACUUACUUCAAGUCCCAGGCAGAGUGGCGGGAAGAGGUGAAGCUACACUUUGAAAAAAUCAAGUCAGAAGGGACCUGCCUGCACCGCCUGGAAGAGGAGCUGGUGAUGCGGAGGCGGGAGGAGCUCAGACACGCCCUGGACAUCAGGGAGCACUACGAGCGCAAGCUGGAGAGGGCCAACAACCUGUACAUGGAGCUGAACGCCCUCAUGCUGCAGCUGGAGCUCAAAGAGCGGGAGCUGCUCAGGAGGGAGCAAGCUUUAGAGCGGAGAUGCCCGGGUCUGCUGAAGUCACACCCUUCCCGAGGCCUCCUGCACGGGAACACAAUGGAGAAGCUCAUUAAAAAGAGGAAUGUGCCUCAGAAGUUGUCACCCCACAGCAAAAGGCCAGACAUCCUCAAGACGGAGUCUCUGCUGCCUAAACUAGACGCUGCCCUGAGUGGGGUGGGGCUUCCCGGAUGUCCCAAGGGGCCCCCGUCACCAGGACGGAGUCGCCGCGGCAAGACCCGUCACCGCAAGGCCAGCGCCAAGGGCAGCUGUGGGGACCUGCCAGGGCUUCGUGCAGCUGUGCCGCCCCACGAACCCGGGGAGCCGGGAAGCCCAGGGGGCCCGGGAGGGGGCCCAUCCGCCUGGGAGGCCUGUCCCCCCGCCCUCCGCGGGCUGCACCACGAUCUCCUGCUACGGAAGAUGUCCUCAUCGUCCCCAGAUCUGCUGUCAGCAGCCCUGGGAGCCCGGAGCCGCGGGGCCACCGGGGGUGCUGGGGAUCCCGGCUCACCACCUCCAGCUCGGGGUGACACGCCCCCAAGUGAGGGAUCAGCACCAGGCUCCACCAGCCCAGAUUCACCUGGGGGAGCCAAAGGGGAACCGCCCCCACCAGUGGGGCCUGGUGACAGCACAGGGCUGCCGGGAACGGCGAGGGAAGGGUCAGCGGGACGGGGAGGCGGCAGGGCUGGGCCCCAGCACCUGACCCCCGCCGCACUGCUGUACCGGGCUGCCGUCACCAGAAGCCAGAAACGCGGCAUCUCCUCUGAGGAAGAGGAAGGGGAGGUGGACAGUGAGGUCGAGCUGGCGCCCAGCCAGAGGUGGCCACAGGGCCUGAACAUGCGCCAGUCGCUCUCUACCUUCAGCUCCGAGAACCCGUCGGACGGGGAGGAAGGCACAGCCAGCGAGCCCUCCCCCAGCGGGACCCCCGAGGUCGGCAGCACCAACACCGACGAGCGGCCUGACGAGCGCUCAGACGACAUGUGCUCCCAGGGCUCGGAAAUCCCACUAGACCCCCCUGCUUCAGAAGUGACCCCUGGCCACGAGCCCUGCUCCCUGCCUCUCCCACACCAGGACCGACUCCGAGCGGAGCAGGGCCCUCGCAAUUCUGAGGACUCAGACUGUGACAGCACUGAGCUGGACAACAACAGUGGAGAAACCUUGCAGCGCCCAGCCUCUCUCCCUCCAUGAAAGGCUGGCUUGUUCCUGUACAUAGAGAAAUAUUUAUAUAAAUAAUAUAUAUGCGCCACAUAAUUAACAGAGACGGGCAGGCCCAGCCUGGAAUCAGGCCCAGUGGAGACUGACCCUGACCAAUUCACCUGCUAAAGCUCUAGAGACACUGGCAGCUGUGGAAGCGAAGGGUACGUACUGCCCUGGAACUGUGGGAAGGGCAGGCGGGCCCCUUCCCGCUUCAUCCCGUCACGUUCAGCAAGUGGUUUGGCUCACGUUCUGUCCUCUCCUCAAGCCCUGGGAAGCAGAAAAGGGAGCCACGUAGACUGCACUUUUUUGUUCUGUUUACUGUUUACACGUUUUGCACUUGGGAGGAGGGAGGCUCCGGCUGGUCCUCCGCCCCGAGGUUUCUCAGGCGGCGAUGUAACUCCGUAACUCCUUUGUCGCUCCUUUCCCUGCCUGAGCCCUGGCCCAGGGCCCGAGGGGAGGUGAGGAGACCACGAAAGCAUGUGAUGGCUCAGGCUGAAGAUCUGGGGUUUAAGUUCCUGCUUUUGCCCUGGUGCCUGACUGGGAGGGGACUGUCAUAUUGUAACCCCCGUGAGAAAUCUUGAAAUAUAACCACUCCACGCAGGCCCAGCUGUUGAGGGUUUUCUUGGUGAACGAUGGGGACAGCACACAAGCUGAAGUAGGAGUGUUGGACUCCAAAUAUUGCAAGGGCUUUGGAAAAUCUCCUUUUCUAACGACAUGGACAUCACUUAAACCUCCAAACAUCAAGUUGUCUGCAGAUGCUGAAGCAGGCACAUCUUUCUAAAGAAUCUUAGCAGAAUAGAAGACCCUAAAAUGCAUAACUCCUACUGUGGAAAGUAAGAGACAAAGUUUUUAGCCUGCACAGGGGGCGACAGCCCCAGCAACCUGAAUCCCAGUCAGAGGUACAUUCACUACUUUCAUGUGUAAGCAUGUGCCCCCAAAUCCAUUUGAAAAAGGCUUGCCUAAACUCUGAAGAUUGAGUUCUGGAAAAAUGUAUGUCGCCUGUCACCGACCAACAGCAGUGAGCUCGCUAAAACUAUUAAAGGUCACUGUAAUGCAGGCAGAAGGGAAAAUAGGAUCAAGGGACAAAAAAAUAUGGAGAGGUAAAACAGAAGAAAACAUCUUAGCUGGAGUAAAGGCUUAUAUUCAAAACCCAAGCAGGGGCAUGUCCUUUGAGGGAUAAAAGUUGCAAAAGUAACAGCAAGACAAAGGAAUAAAACCCACAUGAAUCACUGUGGCAUCGUUUCUAUUCACAAAGAAAAAGCUCCAGUCCAUCUUUUAAUUUUUUUUUUGAAAAAUUCCUGACAUUACAGAACUAAACUGAAAUGUAUUAAUAUUCCACUCUUACAUUUCCAUGACAAACAAACAAAAAAAAA